UGAGUUUCUAAAGAUUGAUUAUGUAUAGGUUUUUAAAUUAUACGUGUCUGCAUUCAAAUUUAUAAAAACUAAUUGAAUUAUUGUUUCAUAAUAAAAUGAAUAAUAACAUUAUGUUUUGAGAAAUAAGUAAAAGAUUAUCGUCUAUAUAUCGUCUAUUAUAAGGGAUCUUGGGAUAAGAUUGUACUUGCCUCAAAUUAGUUUAUUACACUAACAUAUGAAGGUAAUAUUUUUAUGCAAAAAGAUGUGUGAAUUAAGAGAACAAGAGUAUGAUUAUUUUGACACAAUAAUGAAUAAAAGUCUUGUGGGAAUGGCAAAAAUACAUAAUAGUUUAAUUGCAUUAGAAGAAUGUAAUGCAAUCUUACGUAAAGAUUAUGCAAAUAUGAUUGGGAAGGUUAAAUUAAUAUCUGGUAGCAGAGCUGAAAAUGAAUUAAUAUAUCCAGGAGUUGUGGGUCCUGGGAUGUUAACAGCUGCAGUUUUAGGAAAUACCUUUUCUGCACCUUCUGUUGAUAAUAUAUUAAGAGUUAUUGAAGAAGUUGGAUUUGGUCACACUGAAGGUAUAUUGUUAAUUGUACAAAAUUAUGCGGAAUAUUCUAUAAACUUUAAUUUGGCAAAAUUAUACGCUGAACUAAAAGGAUAUGUUGUUAGACUAAUAACAAUAAAUAGCAGUGAUAUGCUUUAUUUUGGUAAUAGUGUAAAAGAACAUAAUCUUCUACCUACACUUUUUAUAUGUAAAAUAGCUGGAGCUAUGUCAGAAGAAGGAAAAUGUUUAGAUGAGAUCUAUUCUUUUUGUAAUUCUAUUGCAAAUAGUGGAGAAAUAGUACUUUUAAAAACAGAUAAUUAUUUUGAAAAUAUAAUUCAUGAAGGAUAUAAAUUGGAAAUGUUCCCAAAUUUAGUUAAACAAGUACUCAAACCACUGAUAGAUAUAUUAAAUAUAACAUCACAAAAUCAAACUAAAACAAAUAUAUAUGAAACCAAAAAGUUUUGUAUUGGUCAUGAGGUUGCAAUUAUAAUAAGUAACUUUGGUUGUAGCCAAAUACAAGGAAAUAUAUUUAUCUUAGAACUUUUGCAACAGAUAGAAAUAAAUGGAUUAAAACUAAAAAGAAUAUAUAUGAAAGAAUUUAUGAAAUAUUCAAAUAGUAAUGGUUUUCACAUUUGUCUAUUAAAUCUUUCAUUCAAUACAGUAUUAAUUAAAUAUUUAGAUUUUCCAACAUUUGUAUCUACUUGGCCAGUAGCAUUAGGUUUAGAGGCAAUAGAAACUAAAAAGCAUGACGAAACAAAAUUAAUUACAUUAAAAACGAACUAUAAGAAUAUGGACUGGAAUAUUUUAAAUUUACAAGGACCAACAAUGAAUCAUAAAACUAGUCAAACAUUUUUAUUAAUCAUAUCAAUGGCGUGUGAAGCAAUAAUAGCAUGUGAAAGACAAUUGAAUAUAAUGGAUCAAAAAUAUGGCAAUGGAGAUUAUGGUACAAGUCUUGCAUGUGGAGCUAAAGCUAUACAAAAUGCUAUCCAGAAAAAUGAAAUAUUAGGAACAAAUUUAUAUAUAACAUUUUUACAAAUUAGUCAUAUCAUUCAAAAGACAGUGAGUGAUAUACAAGGAAGGCUAUAUUUUUUAUUUUUUUUCUAUAUUGCUGAAGCUUUUUCGAAAUAUGAAAAUGAUAAAGAAAUAACAGUAGAUGUAUGGUUACAUGUGUUAAUUACUGCAAAUAAAGCAAUUGAACAAUUUAAAGCAUCCUCUGUAGAUGACCAAAUUCUAUUAACCACUUUAACAGCAGUACAGAUAGAUUUACAAAAUGCAUUAAGUAGAAAUGUGGAUCCUAUUGAUGCAUUUGGAAUAGCUGUAAAAGCCGCUGAAAAUUUCACUACAAAUGUUUUGUAUACACAAUCUUCUCAUGAACUCAAAUAUCCUAAUCCUCAAGCACAUUCAGUAGGUAUAUGGAUGAGAGCUGCAUAUGAAGGCACUAAUGUUAUGGAAGAUGGACAGCAUGAAUGUGAAGGAUGUCAGAGUAUUGGUAAUGUGAAAUAUUUAAGUAAUGAACAUGAAACAAGGACAUCAUUUCUUUCUGCUCAACAAUCAUUAACUCAAGAUAUUUGGUGCUUGCUGAAGCAUGCAUGCUUUAGGAGCCUAAGCUGUGAAGUACAUCCUGGUAAAGAAGGUGUUUGCUACUUUGGAGAUGAAUAUAGGGGGCAUGUUUUAAGUCAUACAUUUACAUUAAAAGAUGCCCAGGCAAGAGGUUUUCGUAAAUGGUGCAGUUUUAUUGUUUUCAUGAGGGAUAAACAAUUUCUAUUAAAUAUGUGGCCCUUUUUAGUUGAUAAUUUAAAAGAAGUAAUUCGAGAAUUACAAGAUUUUGCUGAAAAGAAGUACAAUGCAGAAGAAGCAGAAUGUCCACAAAGAGUUGUUCGUUUAUCAACAGCCAACAAUGGACCAGGAUUAUAUAAUAAUUCAAACAGACAGCCUAGAACUUUUAGUGAUAUAACCAAUGAAAAACAUGUUUUUAUAAGAAUCCACAUGUGGCUGGUAUGGAUUCUUAGUGCAGGAGCAAGACAUUUCAUAGAAAUUUUUCCCAUGAGCUUAUUAGAUGAUGAAUUAAAUUACAAUUUGGAGGAUCAAAUUGAAACUGAAGAUGGAUUUACUUUAGUAAAUGCCAAAUUACCUGUAAAUUUAACUUUAAACUCAAAUGAACCAGAAACAACACUCGAAUUCUCAGAGGUCUCAGGGAAAUCUACUACAGUGAUACUUAAAGAUUUGAGAGCUGUACUAGGAAAGGAUCAAUUUAGACAACUUUUAUAUUCUAGUUUAACGGGCGUUCAAAUUUUGGUAAGAGGUCCAAACAUUGAAAGAUUGGAAUCGUUAUAUGGACUUAGUUCUCUUAUUCCACGUGCAUGUAGAAGAGUUAAGACUCAAGCAACAGAAUAUAUGGAUCCUAACAAGUGUAACUUUAUUGGUGUUGACACGUCAGUAGCUGUUCCUUUACCUUGUGCAAAUGUAUGUAGAUUAGAUAUUGUUACUGAUGAACACAAAGUUGAAAAUUCAAGUUCACAUAUUGUUAGAUGGACAGGAACAUUGCCACUAAAAUUACCAACGUUAUUAACAAAAAUUGAAAAAUCACUUGAAAAUGAGAAACUCGGAAAUUCGACUUUGAAGGCGCAUUUUGCUGCAUUACAAGAGGAAUGGGCAAACAUUGCCAAAGUAGUUCAUGCCAUGCGAGGACGUGGUCAUAGUGGUGAUCUCUCUGGACUUAUGCUUAGUUUAGGCGCUGGACCUCAUGAUAAAAAAUUAUUAGAUACUUGGUCAAUGGGAUUGCCACCAAAUCCGGCAUAAUCAUUUAAUUAAUUUAUCAUGUUUUAUACAAUGUAGAAUAUUGGGUAAUAUUUAAUUUAAUAUAUAAAGUGUAUUCUCUCUUAUUUGUUCAUACAAUAUUUAUGUAUUCAAGGUUGUGCAUAAUUUUUUAUUUAUAAUAUAGUCAACACAUAACGAAUAUUGAUAUCAGUAUAAAAUAAAUUAUCUUACAUACAUCA